AGGAGAAAUAUCCGGGGAAUACAGAAAGGACGAGAAAGCAGAACCAUCGGCUUCUCAUCUGCUGUCGUGCGUUGUUGGCUUUAAAACCCUCAUCUCUUCUCUCUCUAGGGUUUUAGCCGGGGUGGAAGACGGGCGGAGCGGCGACCGGAGAAGAGCCGGAGUUCUAGGGUUUCCGAUUGGGGAUAGCUUUGGAUUUAUGUCGGUCGAGCUUGUUCGCCUCUUUGCCGGUGAAGAAGACAGCAGCGUUAAGAAGCUCAAGAUCCGAUCAUCGUCUUCUUCUCUGUUGCGACCUAGCUGCUUUGUUCUGAUCGGCUGGAGGCCGAUCCUCUGUCUCUUUUUCUUUAUGCAACGGAGGCUGGCGGGCACGAAGAACGUAUCCAUGAGCUUGCCUUUUUCCAGGCCUGGAUUUGGAGUGAAGUAUUUUGGGUUUUUACAUAUAGAUCCGACCAUCUUCCUCUUCCUCUUUCCGGGGGCUACCCUAAGCUGACACCUCAGAUCUGGGCUGAAAUCACGAGAUCGGGCUAUCAACGCUGCUCGAGAACGUCAGUUUUGUUCUUCAGUUUUUUUUUGUUCUUCUUCUAUCAUUCUGCUGCGUUGCUGUAAUUUCUGCCGAGUAAUUAAAGAUGCCGGAGCCUCAGAGGCAACUCCUGAGCCUUAACACGAUUCGAGGAAAGAAAAACAAGGAAUCCUCCAUCGUCGCCCUCCAGAAAUUCGAAACGAAGCCCAUAAGAACGAUCCGCGUCCUGUUAAACGAUCCCGACGCCACCGAUUCUUCUGGCGGCGACGACGACGACGAUAUAUUCCCUGAUCAUCACCUCAAAAAGCGCACUGUCCAUGAGAUCUCCCUCCUUCCUAUCCGUCUCAACCCCAUAUCCUCUUCCUCUUCCGCUUCCAUCCCCGUCUGUAAUCCCGAAACCCGCAAAAAACCCAAACCCUUGAAACUACGGCGACUCACUCCCUCCACCUCCUCCCCUCAUCUCAGAGGCGUUCGUCAGCGGCGAUGGGGAAAAUGGGCCGCAGAAAUCCGCGACCCUAUUCGCAGAGUUCGUAAAUGGCUCGGCACUUAUAAUAGCGCUGAAGAAGCUGCCAAAGCUUACAGAGAAGCAUUCACGCGCAUCCAGGCCGAGAAGCUUGGCCUCAAGCUCUCGUCCACCACGCCGCCGUGUUCCUCCUCUUCCUCCUACAUCUCAGAACGUACUCUAUCCCUCGCUUCUCCUUCCUCCGUUCUCGACGUCUCCGUUCAACAGACUCUGGCGACGGCGAAGCCUUCAGAACUUCUCCCUGCUCCGCAGGUGGAUCGUUUUGAAGACAUGGAGCUGACGGAUUUGGACCUCUGUUUCACAGGCGCUGACUCCGACGAGUUUCUCGUCGGAAAUCUCGGCGACGAUUUCGUCGGACUUGAUGACCUUCCGCUUUGGGCACCGCAAUUCGACGGCGGCGAUUUGGCUUUUCUUGACUGAGAGUGGAAAUUUUGCAGAUUAGUCCCUAUUUUUCGCAUUUAUAUUUACAUGAAUUUGUGAGAGUAUAAAUAGUAAAAUUAUAUUUUGUGUGUAAUUUAUUUAAGUAGUGAGUUGUCAUCUUUGCGGGGUAAAAUUUGAUGUUUUGAGCUUAUUUUGGGAGGAGUUUCCAUGGGUUUUGUUGACCAGGUCUUAUUAAUUGUAAUAAGAGCUGCCCAUUGGGGAUUUUUCUGUAAUUCUCCCAA